AUGCCUUCCCACACCGACAAUCAGUCUUCCUCCGCCGCCAACAGUCCUGCCAACAGUCCUGCCAACAGUCCCGCCAACAGUCCCGCCAACAAUCCCGCCAACAAUCCCGCCAACAGUCCCGCCAACAGUCCCGCCAACAGUCCCGCCAACAGUCCCGCCAACAGUCCCGCCAACACGCCUGCGGACACUGUCAUCAAUACUCCAACCAUAUCUCCUGCUAACCCUUCAGACAACUCUUCAGACAACCCUUCAGACAACUCCCCCCCCCACAGUUCUUUAGCUGGCAUUCCUUCCAACGGUGACAACAAUCCAUCCAUCGACGAUCCAGAAUCUAUUGCACGGUUGGUUGCUGAUUGCGGCCCGGGCGAGCUAUUGGCGGAUGAGGAAAAUGAACCUAGCAAACGAGCCGCCCUCCUCAAAGAUCCUUGUUUAUCAGAGGAGGUGAAGGCAAGUAUGGAGGAAUGGCGGGCUGAGUGGGACGUUCUUGCUAAAUCCCGCCACAUUACUGUCCGCCAUCGGAACCUCGAUGAUGUUUGCUGGAAGUUAGCGCGGGUGCUUGUUCAUAAGCAUAUUGAGUUAGAAGGCAGUGUGGCUGGUCUGGAAAAGUUGGAAAAGUUGAUUUGGGCUUACUUUGACCCACUUAACAUUGCCUUGAAGGGUUCAGAUGGCAUGACGGCGGGGCGGAACAGUGGUCCAUGGGGGGUUUGGAGUGGCUUCAAAGCUUUCUGUCAGUGCAAGAAAGAUAACAUUGAGGCUUACUUGCCUGGGGCCUGGGAGAGAUAUACAACUCUCAAGCAGAUGCAAGGGAAGCCUCUGACUGAGAAUGACUUGAAGCCUUGUCCCCUGGAUGGUAAUGACGGUCGAUGGGUGGGACACUGGAGUCGAACAAGGGCGUAUCUAUGGGGGUUUCUGGGUGAAGAGGUGCAGGAGAGCUGGAAUAAGGUUGCAGACCUUUGGAAUGAGAAAGGCGCCCCACGGGACAUACAGCGACGGGAUGCAGCAAAAGGCUUGGGGGACCAUAUGGUCCGCGAUUAUCUGCAUAUCAUGCGGCACUGGGGCGGGGAGUCUUCGACAUACGUUGGCUACCGCGAUAAGGAUGGUAAUCCACGAACUGGACACACAGGGAUGGUAUUCUCAGAUGACCCAAAUAUGUUUUGCAAACGUCACCCGCAGUACUUUGACAAGAAUAGGCGGGUGGCUCCCCCAGGCGAGUUGCCUUGGCCUGCAAGAUUCUCAGAACAUAUAUUUGAGAGGUAUAUUGGCAAGCGUCCAACUGGACAGACAGUAAAGGGCAAGUCUACCCGAGUGACUACACAACUCUACCGAUUGCGGGCGGAUGGCUAUCCUCUUUUGCUAGAUAAUUGCUGGAAGGCCCCUCAUGAUGUGCUCAAGGCUACCUUCCGUGAUUGUAUGCAGGCAGUCUACACAUUGGACACUGGGUCGAAGAAGCGGAUCUCUUGGCGGAACAUUGUCAUCCCAAGGACAGGGAUUUAUUUCCAUGAAGAACCCUGUGUUACCCUCCAGGAACCCUCUGACAUGACCAAGCCCGCCUUGACAUUGUUAUUUAAGCAAUGGGUUUGUAUUCAAAGCGGGGGAACAGACCCUGUUAGGUUUGUUCUGAAGGGAAAUUCUGCCUCAAGUGGGUCGUCCCCAGCCCCCUUGACACCUCUACCUCCUUCAUCCACCCCUGUAGCAGGAGCUACUGUAUCGUCUGUCCCUCCCACCCAGCCUGUUAUCUCCACCAGCCCGCCCGCCGAAGCCGCUCCCUCUAGUAUCCCAUCUGGGGAAGCUGCUUCCUCUAGCAUCCCGCCCGCCGAUGCCGCUCGCUCUAUUAUCCCAUCUGUGGAAGCUGGUCCUUCUAACAGCCCUCCUGUCAACACUGCUCUCUCUAUCAUCCCACCCACUGAAGUUGCUACGUCCGCCAUCCCGCCCACUGUUCUUAUUCCCUCUAGGAUGUCAACAACUGAGACUGCUCCCUCCAGUAUCCCGCCCGUGAAUAAUGGCCUGUCUACUAACAAAUCGCCAAAGAUUGUAGCCUCUAUCCCACCCAAGGAACCCUCUCCGCCCGUCGUCACCCCCAGAGUCCCAGAUGCCCUGCCUAUCUCAUUGAAUUCCCCAACAACCGCUGCUGCAAAUGUUACUAGGGACCCUGCCAGCAAGAAGAGCAGGACAGCCCUGCUCCAAUCUCCUCAAGAUGCUUCCCCAGUGCCUGCCAAGGUCCCUGUCACAAGGACAAAGCGGAAAGCCGUGGGCGGAGACCCUUCUGGAGGAACGGUGUAUGGGCGGGCGGGAAUUAAUCAAUGCCUUAAUGUCCCGCCACUCGCGCUUCCUCGGCUCUCGGCGUCUGAUCCAGAUGCGAAUCCCGGAGCAAACGAUGUGGAACUACGGCGGGCGGAUAGUCAAGCACUUUCUAGCGGGCGGGUAACAUUCACACACGUGUACUCCCGCUUCUCGCGCUUCCUCGGCUCUCCCCGUUUGAUCCAGAUGCGAAUCCUGGAGGAGAAAAUGUGGAACUACGGCGGGCGCAUACCGAAGCACCUUCUAGGCUCACGCAGAGGAGAACUCUGUUUAUGUGGACGGAGAUUCCCUAUUGGUCAUGGUAUACACGGCGGGCGGGCAACAUUGAGUCACAUUGUCAUGUUUGGCUCACAGGGGACUGAGCGUGGAGGUGAUAGGUCCGAAUACGAUAGGGAAGAAAAAGCCAUCGUCGAAAACCGCGGUUGUGUUCUCGGUUUGACAGGCGAGUGGGAAGGGAAGCAUAGCUGGUAUGGCGGCAAGAUCCAGCAGGUCAUCACUCUACGCGUCUCGGGAAACCCAGGGCAAGAGUGGUAUGACUUCGAGCUCGAGGAAGCCAAGAUCUCUCACUGUCACCGCCUCUCGCGCUGCCUCGGCUCUCGGCGUUUAAUCCAGAUGCAAAUCCCGGAGCAGACGAUGUGGAACUACGGCGGGCGCAUAGCCCAGCAUUUUCUAGCUGCGGCGGGCGGGUAG